AUGAACCUCGAUUACACUAAGAUAUAGGACAAUGUCAAUAAAUAUAGAUAUGGAGUGAAGAUAGGUAACUACAAUGAGGAAACUUUUGGGAUGGAUGUGAAAUAAAAUGCUCAUAAAAUCCCCAAUAGUACAAUGAAAGAUACAUUCGGACUGUAAAACACUUUGCUCAAUAUGCCAAGACAAUAAGAAACAGAAGCAGAGAAAGAAUAUUAUGAAUAAACAACCUUUAGUCAUGGUGGGUUACAGAAUCAUUUAUUACUUGGUCAUGGUUAAUAAUCUUAUUUUGAAACAAGACAAUUAACAUCAACUUAUGAUCUAUCACAUAAUUAGCAAGUCAGACCUUAAGUGUAAAUAUAUUCAAAAUAUGAACCCGACAAAACUCAAUUUUAAUAACAAUAAAAAAAAGUUGAAGUGACAGAUAAAGUGCAACAUGUAGUCCCAGAUUUGCAAUAAGCUAAUCAAGAAAGGCUGGUAAAAAAGAAAGAGUUCACAAAUACAUUUAACGAUAAUUAUAAAAAAAUUCCAUUAAGAAAAUGA